AUGAACGAAAAUCUAUUUGCCUCUUUUAUUGCCCCCACGAUAAUAGGACUACCUAUUGUCACCUUAAUUAUUAUAUUCCCAAGCUUACUAUUCCCAACACCCAAACGACUCAUUAAUAACCGCACAAUCUCGAUCCAACAAUGAUUAAUCCAACUAACAUCCAAACAAAUAAUAGCUAUUCACAACCAAAAAGGCCAAACCUGAUCACUAAUACUUAUAUCUCUAAUUAUAUUCAUCGGCUCAACAAACAUCCUAGGCCUACUACCACACUCAUUCACACCCACCACACAACUAUCAAUAAACCUGGGUAUAGCAAUCCCCCUAUGAUCAGCAACCGUAUUCACAGGAUUCCGCUAUAAAACCAAAACAUCACUAGCCCACUUUCUACCACAAGGAACACCCGCCCUAUUAAUUCCUAUGCUCGUAAUUAUUGAAACUAUUAGCCUAUUUAUUCAACCAGUAGCCCUAGCCGUACGACUGACAGCCAACAUUACAGCAGGGCACCUAUUAAUUCAUCUAAUUGGAGGGGCCACAUUAGCACUACUCAACAUCAACACUAUAACAGCUUUUAUCACAUUUACUAUCCUCAUUCUAUUAACUAUUCUUGAAUUUGCAGUAGCUCUGAUCCAAGCUUAUGUGUUUACACUGCUAGUAAGCUUAUACCUACACGACAAUACAUAA